AUGAAGCCAGCAGAGAUCAGAUUCUCUCUACAGAGACCUCUACAGCACACAGAUCCAGACAUGGCACCUACAAUCACUGCAGCUCUGACCAACUCUCAGGAACAUCUGACUCUGACUCACAAGCUCAGAAAGCCUCUGGUGGAGAAGUUACGCAGAGAGAGAAUCAACAGCAGCAUUGAGCAGCUCAAGUCUCUCCUGGGUCCAGAGUUCCUCAAACAGCAGCCAGACUCCAAGCUGGAGAAAGCAGACAUCCUGGAGAUGACAGUUUGUGUCCUGACACAGCUGCUGCAGCAGCACAACAACAGCAGCAGAAGACUGAUGAUGAAGAACUUCAACAAGCUGCAGUCUUCCUCUGAUAAGAACCUGACAGAGGCUGACUUCUCUCCUCUGAGCUCCACGAACCAGACCAGCAUCACCAAAGACAAGAGUCCAGUCCACAGCGCCCCCUGGAGGCCUUGGUAGACACCUACAGGCUGGAGUUACAACCAGACAAAGUGAGACGACCACAGUGGUCAAAGAUUACUGGAAGUGAAUUCAGUGAAAUUGAAGGACUUGUUCUUCUGUAUGAACAGAAGUCUGUAUCUGUGUGUUUGACAUUUCCUGAGGAAAUGACACAAACUAUAUCUUUCAAGUUCAGAAAGAGAACAUCUUGUCAUGCAUGUUGCAUGAAUCCAAUCUGAUUGCAGCAGCAAUUGUUAUUAUUAUACCUCAGUCUACUUCAUGUACUGGUAUUAUAUAAUGUUAUGAUAACAUUUGUUAUCUUAGAUCAUUUUGAUCUUUGACAUGGGAAAUAUUUAAAUGUCCUUUUUAUGGACAUAAAACUGAUCUGUUGUAAGAUUAAAAUUAAUUUUCCCUAAUAGUUUUACUUCAUAUCACAAGUUAUGUUGUGAUGUUUGAAUAAUUUUAUCCAUGUUAAUCAGUUCUUUUUUGGACAUGGAUCAUAUUGAUUAUUGACAUGAGAAAUAUUUAAAUGUCCUUUUUAUGGACAUAAACUGAUCUGUUGUAAGAUCAAGAUCACUUUUUCUAAAAGUGUUGCUUCAUAUCUUCAUGUUUACUGUGAUGUUUGUUACCUCUUGAAUAGUUUUGAUCAUGUUGAUCAAUUGUUGAGUUAUUGUCCUUUUUUGGGACAUGUUGUCAUUGUUUACUGCAGAUCAUUUGAUGUGAUUAUUGAAACCUGAUCUGUUGCAGAUCAAUAUGUUUGAACUUUUAUUGUAAAAGUUUCACUUUAAUGUCACAGUUUUAUUGUGACAAUAUGACUUUAUUAUUUUCAGGAUCAGCUGAAGUUUCUGAUCACUGAGAAUAAUGUUGUCUUACGUAAAGUGCUUUGAGUAUUUUUGCUUUUAUUUAUGAAGAGCAAACCUUUAAUCCAUUUGUAAAAAAGAGUGAAAGUACAGUGAGAACUGUGUCCUCAGAUACUUUUACCUGUUUGUCUUUUAUAAAGACUCUUGUUCCUUGA